AUGAUCCAAAACCUCGCCUUCUUCGGCGCAACGGGAGGCUGUGCCGGCUCAUGUCUCGCGGCGGCUCUCAAACAAGGCUACACCUGCACAGCUCUGGCUCGAACACCAUCCAAACUCACCGCCUUCAUGCACGAGAAAGACGUCGAUAGCUUUACUCUCGACUCGCACCUCCAAAUCAUCCCAGGCGACAUCCGCGACCUCGAAGCGGUCAAACAGACCCUCGCUCACGCAGAUAUCAUCGUCAGCGGAAUCGGCGCAUAUCCCAAGUUCCAAUGGAGUCCGCGCAAACCGCUUGCGUUGAUCGACCCAGCGAUCUGCGCAGACGGCAUAUCCACCAUUCUUCAAGCCUGCCAAGAACUCCAGAAACCCAAUGCGAAGCGCAAGAAACCGAUGUUAAUCUCUAUCUCAACCGCGGGCGUCCAGACCCCAGGCAAGCCUCGGGCUCUCCCCCUCCUCUACCUCACAUUCUAUUACUGGCUUCUCGCCGAGCCACAUGCGGAUAAGGUGGCACUUGAAGCGAAGAUUCACGAAUACAUGCAGCUUCAGGGGAACCAAAAAGGCAUCGAGGGGUAUAUUUUGGUGAGGCCAAGUAUACUACUGGAUGGAGAGAAGAAGGGAGUAGGGGAUGUCAGAGCAGGUCUGCCAGAGGAUCCGCCGGUUGGGUAUUCUAUUGAUAGGAGGGUGGAUGGGGAAUGGAUUUUUGAGAAGCUGGUUCGAGGCGGGGGUGCGGAUGGGGUCUGGAGGAACGGGGAGGUUAUUGUUACUUACUAA